AUGGAGUCCGAAGCGGUCAAGACGGAGGUGAUCCGCCAAGUCAAGACCCAAUACGCCAUCGACAAUGUGAAGCAACUGAUGGAGAAAAUCAACGACCACUGCUUCCAACGGUGCGUACCGAAACCCGGCACCUCCCUGUCGGGCGGCGAGCAGGCCUGCUUCACACAGUGCAUGGAGAAGUACAUGCUGGCGUGGAACCAGGUCAGCACGACGUACAUCAGCCGGUUACAGCGGGAGCAGCAGUAG